AGGUUGCCAGUCAGUGUCUGGCUCUACUCGGUCAGUGUAAGGUUUAUCAUGUUGCUGUUGGUCGUAGCUCUCAUCGUUCCUGCCCUGGGGGCCCGCCCAGGAUUCACAGACACCGGCACUAUAGAGUGGAGAGACUGUGGUGUUGGCGACUCCUUGGUUUCCGUGAAGCAGUUCGACAUCAGCCCCACUCCCCUCAAGCUUCCCGGAGAUAUAACUGUGUCCUUUGAUGGAACUAUCAGCCACGAUAUCGCUGACCAAAUCACACUGGACGUUCUCAUGGAGAAGAAGCUGCUCGGGACUUUCAUAAGGGCGCCCUGCCAGGGUAAUGUCGGCACAUGCCACUACACCGACCCCUGCCACUUCCUGAACACCUUCAAACAACUGGGCACCUGUCCGCCCCAGCUGACUGCCAAAAGCCUCCCCUGCACCUGCCUCUUUCGCCCCAUGAAGCUCCACCUGCCCCCGUCCACGUUCACCGUCACUUGCAUCAAUAAUGUUUUCUGGAAGACUGUUUUAAAUGAUGGCGAGUUCCACGUAAAGAUCACCAUGAACGACAAGCGCACUAACCAACUUCGUGGCUGUGUGGAGAUCUAUCUGGUUAUUGAUGAGUAAAUAUCAGGUCCUGACCUGAGUGAAGUUACGUGUCUAUUUGACGGUUGAAAGUAAGACAAAUAAAUUAUAAAAAAUGA